GCUCUGCAGUCCUCUUUUUGGGACUCGGCAAACACUGACCAACGUCUCACAGCCCAGGUGACCCGUCCAGUACAGGACCGGUACAAUACGCAAUCCAGGACAACCCAGGUGCGUAUGUGUGAUACAACCAACACGCGCAACACGCUCAACAAGCUCAGCAAAUUCGUACCCCUAUCACGGGAAGUGAGGGCCAAUGCUU